GUUUAAAUCUAAUUUAGCCCUUUCCUAUUGGGAUCCUGAGUUUCUGACCCAAUUUCCUACCCUCUCUCCCCCGGCCAAGCCUCCUCCGCCGCCGCCCCCGGGAUUCCACACCUUCUCCAUCCUCUCCAGUAUGUCUUCCCUUCACGUUUCCCCAAACACCAUUUCUCAGACUCUCAAUCUCCGCGGUCGAUUCAGCCCCAACUUAGGCAGGGAAGUCCGACUAAUCAACGUCCGGAGACCGGUCACUGGCUGCCUCAGCGUGGACGUGGAAGCACCCGAUACCACCUCAAAACUAGAGAUUUUGAAGAGCAACGAGGUUAUGGAGAUGGAGGCAAAGGUCCUGCUGCAGACCUACGCGAGGACUCCAGUGGUGCUCACCAGUGGCAAAGGUUGUAAAUUGUACGACACCGAGGGGCGAGAGUAUUUGGACCUGAGCUCGGGGAUCGCGGUGAACGCGCUCGGCCAUGGCGACGAGGACUGGUUGAAGGCUGUGGUUGAUCAGGCCGGAACCCUCACUCACGUCAGCAAUCUCUACUAUUCGAUCCCUCAGGUGGAGCUGGCAAAGCGUCUGGUGGGUGCUAGUUUUGCAGACCGUGUGUUUUUCACGAAUUCCGGAACCGAAGCGAACGAAGCAGCCAUUAAAUUUGCAAGGAAGUUUCAGAGACAUGCUCACUCUGAUGCGAAAGAGCCGGCCACGAGCUUCAUAUAUCUUUCACAAACAGCUUCCAUGGGAGGACCAUGGGCGCUCUUGCCUUGACUAGCAAAGAGCAUU